AUGGACCCGUCAACGAAGAGUUUUUUCGCAGCACGUCGAAAAGAGGACCCCGAAAACGCUGUCUGUUGUGACUGCGGUGCUGCCAACCCACAGUGGGCCAGCGUCCCCUAUGGGAUCUAUUUCUGUCUAGUCUGCUCUGGGAAGCAUCGAUCUCUCGGAGUGCACCUUAGUUUUGUGCGGUCAACCACGAUGGAUACGUGGAACCCCAAGCAGUUGAAGAAGAUGGAAGUUGGUGGCAACGGCAAGUUUAAUAAAUUCUGUCGAGAGAUGGAGAUCGAUAAGAUGUCGAUUUCGGAGAAGUACAAUACCAAGGCAGCGGAGUACUACAGAAACUUCAUUCAAGCCUUGGUUGAUGGCACCGCCCCGCCUGAAAGGCCUUCUAUCGCAGAAGGGAAAAUGCCUGCAUACCCUCCUCCGGCUCCGUCGACUAGUGGUAGUCAUCGGAGUGUCUCUACCCCGCCAGGCUCGGGCUUUGAAUCUUCCAAUGGUCGUAGCAACGGACUCAAAGCACAACGUCAAACCGGCCGGAGUACUAUGACGGGCUUUGGAAACGAUGGAAUGUCUAGCAGAAUGCAUCAAGGAAGCUCUGAUGGGUAUAGCGCGGCACAACGCCAGGGAGGGUCGGACCGGGAGGACUACUGGAAUCAGGAAGCCCACGACGAUGAUGAUCCCUUGGGAAACAUGCUCUCUGGCGCUGCGUCUUGGGUUCGGUCGGCGAGCCAACAAAUACAACAGGAUGGCUGGAAUGCGACGGCUCAGAGUUACGCUAACUGGGCAGCUCAGAAGAGCUCUGAAGCGUACAGUACGGUUACUGAUAAGGCAUUCAAGGAUAAGGUUCGUUCCAAGAUAUCUUCAACAUCGGAUUGGUUCUCGCAGCAACUUGGUGGUACUGGUAGCUCAGCUAGAGGUGAGCAGGCAACUCAGUAUCUCGGCACGUUGUCGUCGGGGACCAUGGAGGGCUUUGGGUCGGACUCUGUGCGGCCAUCAGUACCAUCAAACACUACUCGGGGGUCUUCUGCUAGAGGAGAGGCAGCAGCUGACUAUCUUAACUCCUUGUCGACUGGGAAGAUGCAAGGGUUCGGUUCGGAUUUGAUGGUCACCACUCCUACUCCUACGCAUCCUGCAGAGAGUCACGACCUCCACGGUCGAUCGUUUUCGUCGCCCCCACGUGCUACUCAGCCGCCACAAGUCGAUCUAUCCUCGACUACUACCAGGCCGUCACCGCAGCAGUCCCAUCCGAAACCCAUAGGUCAACAAAAUGCUCCACAAGUUGGAGGUUUGCAGCCCCAGAAGAAGUCUGGUAUGUUGAGCGACCCAGAGGCUUUCUGGAAUGAGGAGAACUGGUGAUUGCUUUCUCCCCUGGCCUGAUCGUCAGUGCCAUCUUUUCCUCCUUGCCCACUGUCACCUCGGGAGUUGUUUUUAUUCACAUUGCACCAUAUAGAGGUUGUCGGAGACAGGAUCAGCAGUGAUGGAGUCGUCAGCCCGUACUAUUCUGUAACCUGCCACAUUG